AUGGCCGACGCCUGUGCAACCUGUGCCUCAUUCUUUGGCCGAGCCUCAGAUCCGGCAUCCGAGAAAGCCCUGCUCCCAGGCCGAUACCCUGAAUGCUGCGGACGAUCGAUAUGUUCCCGAUGUUUGAACCAGAAUAACCGCUACGAGACAUAUUGUCCCUACUGUCAGAUCACAACAGAACCAUCGUUACUUCCUCAAGGUCUUAGAGAUCCACCAGCAUAUUCAUCCUUGGACGAUCGGACACCGCCACCCGUCCAACCUUCGCCACAAGAUGAUGAGCUCCCAGCAUAUUCAGAAUCGCAGUCGAACCAAGCACCAAGAGAAAAGAAGCAGCCGCACGAAGACGUCCUCCAUUUUCUGAAACCAGACGAUUCGCUACAUUCAUUAUCCUUAGCUUACGGCGUUCCCAUGCACGCACUACGCAAAGCGAACAACGUCUUCAGCGAUCACCUCAUCCAAGGCCGUAAGACUGUCAUAAUACCCGGCGAGUACUACUCCGGCGGUGUGUCUGUUUCACCGCAACCUUUGGAAUCCGAGGAAGAGGAAUUGAAGAAGAACAAGACGAGGCGGUGGAUGAUGGCUUGUAAGGUCGCUGAUGUACCUGUUCGUCUUAGGUAUGAUGUCGCAGUGCUGUAUUUGCAGCAAUCCGAGUGGAAUUUGGAGGCUGCGAUUGAGGCGUUUAGGGAGGAUGAACAGUGGGAGAUGGAGCAUCCGUUGGACGCAAAAGGGAAAGCAAAGGGAAAGAUACCCGCUAAGAAUGUGGGCAUGAGGAGGUUUGUGGGUGCUAGUACGAGUGUCAGCAGUAGUGUGAGAUGA